GAGCUGCUGCUGACGCAAAAAGUUUACCGGCAUAUGCUAGAACGCUCUCAACGUGAACUAGUUUUUCUCAGAGAUAGACUGCGGCAAAACGAAAGUCAGUUGCAAACGCUGGCUAGAACUGAGGCUUCGAGGUUAGCUGAGACGAGGAAACUGGCUGAGAGCAGGCAACUGGCGACAAGUCUGUUGCAGACACAACAAGCGUUAUGACGGAGAAUGAGUGUUGUACGUUUUCUCGUCUUUUUUCACGACCUCGUUGCAUUAGCGGUGCUGAUCUUAAACUCAAUCUCAAAAAUUACAUGUGUACAUGUUCAUGUGUUUCUUCAAGGUCUAACUCCUUCCUGUAAUUUACAUGUUCAUGAGGUGUUUCUUCAAGAGGUCUAAUUCCUUCCUGUAAUUAUAUAUGAUGCUCUCUAAAGCUCGAAUCCGGCAACAAGAAGGAGCGUUGGGACAACGCGUUAGCCGAUGUGACACAACAGCUCCACCACUUCACGGAAGCAGCUAAAAGGCGUAGUGACUUCGCGAAAUGGCGCAGUGAAGUAGCCAAUGAGGCUGCACGCGAAGCAGUGAAUGUGAGCAAGGGUAGACUGAGAAAGAUGUGGGCCGUAGAAAGGCUAGCGGGAAACUGCCUGCAGAAGAUCAUGUUUGAACAAGUGGAAAGGAGUCAGGCAACAGAAGACGGAUUUCAGAGGAUCAGGGAGGUGACGGGUUUGCAGGACGUGAAAGAGAUUUUGAAUAAGUUUUUGACUAUGGCUUGUCCGAUGAUUGUAAUUCAAGUUCAUCGUUCUUGUGCUGUCGAUUGUUGAUUCUCAAGAAGUAGAAGUACAGCAUCCUCCCCCUUCUAACUCCCGACGCGACCUCGACCACAUCGAGCUGCAGCAAUCCAGUCGUGAAUUCGAGGGGAAACUCAACAAGCAGAAGCAAGAAUUGGAGGCGUUGAAGCAGGGUAGUUCUUGUUCGGCAAGUGGUGCUGAGUGUGUAGUCAACGCCAAAGAGACCUAUGAUGAAGUCGAAGCUAGAGAAGCGGACUUGGCUAGGAUUGCGGAGGAUUACGAGUCGGCACAGCAAUUCGCGCAGAAUGCGUCCUUAGCUUUAGAUAGUCUGCGGAAGUGGGCAGCGCGAAUGGAGAAAAGUUUUGCGUUUUUCGAU